AUGAAGGAACAAGUUGGCACGGAAGGCAUAACAGUAGAUAGAAUAAAUAAAAUGAGAAACGGCAGCGUAGAACUCAAGAUAAAAGGAAAAGAAGCUAAGAACAGACAGAUAUUCAGAAGAGUACUGACAGAAAAACUUGAUAAAGUGGCAGAAGUUAACAUAAAACAGAAGAGUCAAACAGUCAUGAUCCUAGAUAUUGACGAAACAGUUACAGAAACUGACGUUAAAGAAGCACUGAACAGGGAGAUAAACGACGAUGAGAGAUCGAUGGAAGAUGUCAGAAUUAAAUUGUCAGAAAAAGCAAAUGCUAGAGGAUUAAAAUAUGCUUUCGUUACCAUGGCACCUGAUAUUGCUACAAAUAUAUCAUCAAAAAGAAGCAUAGGAGUGGGAUGGAACAGAUGGAGACUCCGAGAAGUAGACAACGUGGUUAGAUGCUACAAAUGCCAGCGAGUCGGACACGCAGCGAACAAAUUCGAGAUCAAAGAGAAAGAUUCUUUAUGCCACAAGUUUUCUACACCUAUUUACAACUCUCAAAUUAUGGACAUCAUGAAAUCUUACUACAACCAUUACCAGCCCUCUCUGGCCGACAACCAUCAAUUUUCUAUCCCUUCGAGAGACUUUGAGGCAGCAUUCUUUCCACAAUUCGCCCCCUACAAGACAGCGACCUUCGUUACGAAAGAAGAUAAAGAGAUGAAGAGUCCGGAAAUUUAUGAUGUCAACACUUACGAUUCGUUUAUCUCAACUACUAGCGAUUUAACAGAUCUAAGCUCGUUAUCAGAGUCGGAGAAGUCUACGUACGGCAAUUUCAAUUUUUUCACCUUGAAAAGAAGCCAAUUCAAUGGAGAAGUUGAGGGAAAAAACACUCUUCUUUCGAAUCAAGACACAAAAAAUUCACGAGGUAAGUGUGAUUGGAGAGAAUAA